AUGCCUCCCAGUUCACCCACCAAUCGCAAAUUAUCCAAUCCUAGCCCUACCCGAAACCAACUUGUGGAACGCUGCUCAACACUCCGAGGAUACGAAUUUCAUGAUUGUGUCUAUAGUGUAGUGUCAGAUCAUCCAAGAAGCGUAUUCUCAACAAACACUGCUCGUCGCCUAAGUUCGGGCUCUGCUUGUGAAACAUGUAGAAGACGUAAAACAAAGUGUGAUGGCAAUAGUCCUUGUAGCUUUUGUGCUAGCAAUGGCAUUGAUUGUGUCAAUAAUUCAGAGCGUAGAAAGAGAUCCGUAGUCGCUUCAUCUCUCUCGUCUCCGUCCAAUCUACCAAUCACACCUUCUUCGCUAGCCACUUCAUCUGAUAACACAGCCCUAAACUCCACCACAUCCAGCACGACUACAUCAUCAUCUUCUGCUACUACUGCCACUACAAAUGCAGGUGGUGCAGGAGACAAUGAAGCUAUUGAUCGUAUAGAAGAUCGCCUUCGUAGAAUCGAGAAACUCAUGACAGCCUUCACACCCAGUCCACUGUCUCAAUCGCCCCUCACAAAAGAGAUCAAAGAGCUCAAGCACGCAGCAUCAGGGUUUAGAAAAAUGUCAUCUCCACAUUUGCAGCACGCCUCCACUCGAUCCCCCACACACGCUCGUCAACAGAGACACUCUAUACACUCUAUGUCUUCCCCUUCGUCAUCUGCCUCUACAUUGAAAAAAGAGCACAGUGAGUUCCAUCGUAAUAAUAACUUGCCUUACGUUUCUCCACCCAAUAGCAACAACAGCAGUAAAACCUCCUCCUCUGCUGCCACAAAUCACAACUCUGUAUCAUCGCCCUCUCCACCCCUCUCACCUCGCAUCUUGAAGCAAAGCUCAUCACAGCAUUCGACCAAUGUAGUUGCUUCCUCCAUGCUGAAUCUCUCCCUCUCACCAUCAUCCUCAUCCACAUCCUCCUCCUCUUAUAUGCAGCCAUCUAUUUCCACACCCACCUCACCCCUUGCUCACCAUUCUGUCAGUGAUCAGCAGCAGCCACAUGCCUGGAAUCAACAUCACAAUACAGCAUCCUCCUCUCUACAAAAAGAGUGGAAGCAGUCAUCGCCAAUUCCUAGUUUGAUGGAUCAACUGUCAAAAUGCACCUUUGUUACCACUGCCAUGGACUACACUACAGUGCACUACCCCAUCUACCCCAUCACGCCUCCUACAAACUCCAAAACGAUGGGAUCACCUUGA